AUGUCACGUGACCCCCGUAUCACCAGCAGCAAUGGGAAAGCCAUCCAAGAGUACUUCCAAGACGCACCCUCAGCAGCCGUCGACAUUUCCAAGAUCAUCGACGACUACAACAACCACAUGAAUGGCGUCGACAUGAGUGACCAGUACCGAUCAUACUACAGCACCCAAUUGCCAGUGUGCAGAACAUGGAUGCCACUCUUUUUCUGGAUCUUGGAUACCACGAUUAUCAAUGCCUACCUAAUCCACCAACACAAGGAGGAACGCUCUCACACAAGGAGUUUCGAAUCGAAGUAG